CCCCACUACUAUUACUACUUCUAGGUGCACAGCGACGACAACCACGGCCACGACUACUACCACUACUACCACUACCACCGCCGCCAUCACCAUCACCACCACCACCACCACUCCACUCCACUCCACUCCGUCCUUAAUCCGACUUACUCCGGCUGCCGUGCGCGCCUCUCGGUUCCAGCCACUGCCGCCUGUUUCACUCGCUGAUCGCCUGUCCCCCGUCGUCCUGUCACUUGUGCCCACGCGGCCGUUCAUUACCCGCCCCACCGCAGAGCUAGAGCGUUUGUUCCUGGCCGCCAGAUCUUCUAGCCACGUCUCCGUGCGCCUGUCUCUCCCGCCUUGCCCAGCAUAGCGUGACUGUACGUCGCAUUACCUUCCCUGCAAACACAUCACAGUUGUCGUUUGCCAUGACGGACCCCAAUCCCCUGUCGCAUGCCUUUCAACUUGUCCAUGCUGACACUACUAACCCUCUUCCCCCCCAACAUCCCCCUCUUCACCCCGUCCCGUCGUCUGUACCUGCUACCCCCGACGAAGGAGCAGACGCUGGUCCCUGCUCCGCUAUAGCGGUUCCCAACGACGUCUCGUCGUCGCUCGACGCUUCCCUGCCGCAGCCCUUCCCGCUGCCUUCCGCCAUACCCCAGCCUCUUACGACACCCAGCUCCGACGAUCGACCACAUGUCGAUCUGACUCUGAGCCUGCCUCCCAGUAGCCUUUCGCUUCCUCCACCAACUGCAAUCAAACAGAGGCAUAAUUUACGCCUACCCUCGUUCCAGGUGCUGGGCAUUGCCGCGCCCCACCCUGAUCGUAUUCUGGCGCAACCCCAUCUGCCCUGCUCUCCACUCGGUGCCGGUCCACUAUCAAAGCCAGAAGAUCCUCUCCAUGCUCUCAGCCCACUGCCGCACAACCACACGCAUCCUGACGGAAUUACUAACCCCCCCAUUACCAGUCCGAAGGCAACAAGAGCCCCCGUGGCACAUCGCGUGUCCGCUCACACGCCUCCUUCGGACUCGGACCCGGGGACGAUCAAUUGGGGAUCCUUUGUAAACACCCAUACGGCGGGACUGGGCUCUCCUCCUCAUUCCGACCCCGGCCUGUCACCAAGCCCAAACAUCAUCGCCUUGGAAAGAGCUCCUGCCCAGGCCCAGAUCAUCGUGCCCACGCACGACACACUCGACGACGCAACUGACGACACGCUGAGCAUGGCAGCGUGGAUCGAAAUGGCCAAACGCACAAUUAUCCGAGUACAUGAAUCCGGCUGUCUGGACCUAGACUCUGUCAGAAUCCUUUCGCAUGCCCUGCCUUGUCCCUCGACAACCGGCCAUGUGUUUGGCCAAGUAAUUGCUUCAAUACAUGAUGCCUCGUCGACAAAUACUUCAUGGAUUAAUGUUUUUCAUGCUCUUCCCGGCCGCUACACCCUUCUGGACUUGCCCAAAUCCCCGCCGUCAACUCCAGGUCCCGCCGUCGGAGGAGAUUCCUACUUCACCAGCAAGGUCUUUGACAGUGCUGUCGCCAUACCCGACUACCAGCUCGACUCGAAACUUUUACCUUCAUCGCCGAGGCCAGUAGUUCCACCAGGCAGCAUCAACGUAUCGAUUGUCGAAAGAUAUAUUCCGCCCACAAACACAAAUGAGUUUGCAGAGAUGUUCUCGUUUCAGGGCCGGUCUUUGUUGUACGACCGCUUAAUAGAGCUGUCGAGCGACAAUGGCAUCCUGCUCUUCAUCUACCCAACAAAAGCAGGCGCAAAGACAUUUAUGAGGCAAUAUCUUGGACCUAUCCUUGAUCCGCUUUUGCGUACCGUCACGGUAGUGCACGAACUUCACUCUGAACUAGGAAGAAAUAUAGGCCAGAUGAGCUCAGUCAACUACCUAGACCAGUACGACCAUCUUGAAUCCCAAGUCCGAUCCUUUUGCGCAGCAAUGAGCGAGCGAACCGCACGACCUGAUCGAAAAGCAACAUACCAAGUCAUACACGCAGCAAAAGAGGAGGUGCUACUGGAAAGGUCGGCAUGGGCCAACGAUUGGUGGAUAAAACAAGAAAAGCCCCGCGUGCGAGAUAUUGUCAUGAAGUACUUUAACAAGUCGAAGAAACUCCCAAUGGGCGAAAUGAGCGCUGCAACGCUGAUACAGCACGUUCUCGACGGCGUGUCCAACCGAGAGUACCAGGACGGAGCACCCACCAAAGGCGUCGAGGUCGGCGUCUUUAUUGUCAAAAAGACGAGAGCUGCAAGAAACCCGGAACAAUUAUGA